AUGGAUGAAGCACUUCAAAAACCCAGAAAUGUUACCCACACAUUAUACAAGUUGUAUAGUUGGCUUGAAAUGGGAACCAUUGAUCUUACACCAGAAUUUCAAAGAGAUGUUGUUUGGACAGAAAAAAGUUAUUACUCCAAAUCCAAAAGUGGAAAAUCUAGAAAUCUUUCACAGUUAGAAAGAGAAAUGUUUGAUUGCUCUGAAUUUGUUUGUGUUGAAUAUUAUAGUUUAACUUUGAAUCAAGAGCAAGAAAUAUUUAGUCGCGUUCAGCUUGGAAUGCCCCUUACUCCGGCUGAGAAAUUACAGGCGAUUUCUAGCCCAGUGUCCGAGUACGCACAUGAGAUUUUCUCCACUUAUCCUUCCUUAGCUACUAUUAUCGAUGCACGUCGUGGUCGUGCUUUCCAACUAAUCACUCAGUCAUUGCAUAUGAUCGAAACCGAGCCCCCAAACUUUCGAUCAACUCCAACCAUUAUUGCUAACUACCUAAAACUAGAUCGAAAUGUACCACGCGAGUUGCACGACACCACACAACACGUAUUCAAGACGCUCGAUUCGUUAAUCAAAGCCGAUGAAGAACUCAUCAAUCGGUCUCAUCGAUUAGCACCAAUCGAGUUCGUCUUCGUCUGUUAUAUGAUCGCAAAGCAUCCCGAUUUGUCUAUCGAGCAAUAUCAACAUUAUGUCGUAUCGAUGAAGCAGUAUGUACGUCAAAGAUAUGCCGAUAUUCGUUUCAAUUCUCGCGUUUAUGACACGUUGAUGGGUUUUCUCAGGAAGAUGUCUGCCGAAAUUGAUAAUCCGAGGACUUCGUCUGCUUAUGGUUCAGCAUCACGUCAAUCAAGGAAUAGCGAAGUUAAGAGGAUUAAGCGCGAACUUGAAGAAUAA